GAGAGAGAGAGAGAGAGAGAGAAUCUUUGGGGGGUGGAGGUAAGAGAAACAAGAGCUCUGAAAUUAUUGGAAAUAGUGUUGACAUGGCUGCUGAACAGGACUUCUCACCCCCUGAAAUUCCUGAACCUACAUUCAUGGAGAACGUCCUCCACUAUGGCCUUUUCUUUGGUGCCAUUUUCCAGCUCAUCUGUGUAUUGGCUAUAAUCCUUCCCAUUCCAAAGACUCACAAAAUGGAUGUUGAAAGCUUUGAGAUGAAAAGUUCAGAAGUGAUUAAGAAGCCCAAAGCAGCCACUGCAUCAUUAAGUAAAAAGCCGAAGAAGGAAACCAAGAAGAAACGAUAAGCAGCUUCAUGAUGCAAUUUUCAAGACAGGGUUAUGGCAACCAUCAAGCUUGCUUGGAUGACAUUGGUCAAAGUUUAAGCCUUUCAGUAAAGCUGUGCUUAGUCCUGUUUUGGGUGGGGUGGAAGGACAUCCUAAAGUGACUUGAGGAUUGUUUGACCUGAUCUGUUGUGGAUACAUGUAAGGUUUCUCAAAUUGCUAAGGCCAUCUUCUGUCAUUGAGGUAUGAAGUGCAGGUCCCAUGAAAAGAAACUGAACCACAGGCUUACCAUUCUUGUGUCCCUUUCUGUGUUGGUUAAAGAUGAAAGACUCAGCUAUUGCAUUUCUUUAUUUUAUAUAUCAUUAAUAUGUUUAAUAUACCUGAUAUACCUGAUUUUAUAACCUAUGACGUACCGGUAUUCAUUGUUGUUUUUUCAAACUUGCUGUAAUUCUCUCACUGAAUUUAAUUUUCCUUGGGUCAUAAUAUGCUCUACCAGUUUUAGUUGCCUCCAUCAGAGCUUUGUGCCUGAUUACAUAAGUAAGUCAUUGCUGUCUUUUCUGUUUUGAAACAUAUUUAGCAUUCUUUUCUUUUUUAAGCUUCAGGAGGACUAAAUGAAUAGGAACUCUGAUUCCUACUCAGUGAAACAGAAACACCAGUAGAAACUCAUAGAAAGGACAACACUGAGAUAGUUCUAGAUCUUAUUCUAAUACAUAUUCCACUCUGUUACACAGCCUUGCAUUGUUCACUUCCAUAAUUGACAAUGUGACUACAUUGACAAAUAAUGCAGGAAAUGUUCCGGGAUUGGAUGAUCUGAUUUGCAUUAUUUUCCAUUGACUAAAUGACUUAAAGUCAGUGUUAAUCAGACAAAGGUUUCCCCCAUUAUCCAUAGUUUUUUUUCUUCCUUGCUGGGGCUUCAUCUUCUCUUUUUUUUUAAAUCAAAUGCAUUUGGAUCAAUUCAGGUAAUGCUAUCAUUUGAGCCAGCAUGGAGGGGCUUGUAGCUAUUGUAUUUAAAACCAUUCCAGGUGGCUACAGAAGCAGUUAAAGAGACCGGAUAGCGGGGAAAUUUGCUAUCAUUUCAAUCCUCUGCUCUCCACACUUGGGUGCAUGGCUCUGCUUUACUCUCCCUUCCUCCCUCCUUCUCUCUCUCUUAAAGCUUUGCUGAUGUAGCCAUUGGGUAGCUGGCUAAUCAAAAGGGGAAGAAAAGAAGUGAGGAAUUGGCAGAGUGAGAGGAGGAAGAUUUAAGGUAGUUCUGCUCUAACUGCCUCAUGGAAAUUUGAAUGGCCUGAGCAGAACUACCUUAUGAAGCUGGAAACAAGGCUGAACUGAAAACCUCUUUUUGCUUCUCUGCCAAUUCAUCACUCCACCCCCCCUUCUCUUUGGUGAGUUAACUGCCCUGAUAUUCAGACAGUAAGUCUUUAAAAGGAAAUAUGCAUGGAAUAGCGAACCAGUGGUAUACAAAAGUUGUGGUGGGGAGACCUAAAAGUGGCAGAAAACCAAAACGACUGAACGAGGACUAAGUUGGCUGUCUGGAAUCCUGAACUAGAACAAGUAGUAUAACAUUUUGUUGCAACGUCCGUGAGUUUUAAUAUAAACAAUAAAGCAUGGCUUCCGUUU